UGAGCAUUACCAGCAGGAAUUGAAGCCAUCAUGUCCCUUCAGCGUUGUCUCAACAGAGAUGUAUGUAAAGGCUUAAAGACGGUUGCUCAUUUAUAUGAUAGCUGCACAGCUGCCACGCCUCAUACUGUUUGUGUAACAGGUCCAUAUAAAACAGGCAGAGAGCAGCACAUUCUGCAGACACCACACAGCUCGUUGGUAUUUCACUGCACUGGAUCUGAGGACCAUGUCUCACAGUAACAAGAUUUCAGUCGUUGUCCUGGGAAGAGAAGACUAUUUGAAGAAAGCCCUAAUAACCAGCAUCCCGGGGACAGACUUAUCUCUGCUGCCCAAAAACAAUGAUCUGAAAGAAACGGAGAUAUAUGAAAACAAUAUGUAUAUGGUCAAAUGUACACCAGACAGAGAAUGUGAUGACUUAAAAAAAGUAUUUGCUCCUAAUCGAGGCCCAGACAUUUCUUUGUUGGUGGUAAAAGAAGAGUUUACACCUGAAGAGGUGUGGGAGCAGGUAGACAGUCUGCACAGAAUAACUGGAAAACUCACAGAAGAGUUCAUAGUUGUUCUGCCCUUAAGCUGUAAGGAGUCUGAUUCUUACCGAUUCAAAUGCUGCACCAUGGAUCAGGUUUUCCGUAAACUGACCCAACUGGCUGAAGAGAGAAAUCUGAUACCCACCAGCACGAGACUUCAUGACCAACCUGCUGCGUCACAGACACCAACACCACGCCAUCCAAUAAAGGAAGGAGAGCACCCUACCACCGAAGUGAACCUUGUUCUGCUGGGAAUGACCGGGACCGGAAAGAGUGCAAGUGGAAACACAAUCCUCGGAGAGAAACAGUUCAUUUCUAGAGCCAGUUCAAAUCCAGUCACCACAGAGUGUCAAGAGGCAAAAACUGAGAUAGGAGGUAGACGUGUCCGUGUCAUUGAUACCCCCGACAUCUUUGAUGAUGACGACAGGAAGUCACCAAAUAAGGAACAUGUGAGAAGGUGCCUGGAGCUCUGUCAGUCAGGACCUCGUGUGUUCUUACUGGUGAUUCAUGUUAGCAGAUUUACAGACGGAGAGAGAACCAUACUGAAAAAGAUGGAAACAGCUUUUGGCAGAGAAGUUGUAAAACAAACAGUCGUCCUGUUUACACGUGGGGGAGAUCUGCAGCAAGGAGGGAUGAGCUUUGAGGAUUUUCUGCAUGGCUGUCAGCCUGAUCUCAAGAAGAUAGUUGAGAAGUGUGGAGGAAGGUGUGUUCUCUUUGAGAACAACACCUUGGGUUCAGAUCAAGUGGAUAAGCUGAUGCAGAUAGUGGACAGGAUGUUAACAGAGGAAAGAAAGAAUGUGAACGUAUAAAGUCAGGAGCAUGAAGGGCAGGGGUGGAAUAUUUCUUCUGUCUAGAAAGACAUAGGCUACAUGGGACAUGAUUCAGUAACUUGAAGGGUUGAUUAUACUUUGGUUUUCUUUUGACUUUAAUUAGCCACAUUUAAUCAGAGAUUUACAUUUUGUUCAUAGUAUGUUAAUGGAUUUCUUUGUCAAAUGAACCAAACGUAUUUCUUUCCUUGGUAUAAGAGCUCCAUCUCUCUCAAUUUGUUAACCUUUGUAAUCUGUGAUGACAU